CCCAUCAGAAAGCUCUGACAUGACGAGCUAAUCGAAGCGGAUGGUCAUGGCAUGUCCCACGUCAAGGUCUCCGCAAGCUGGCAUUGCUGGAGAAGAGGAGGCCAGAAGGAAUGCCACGCCGAUCAUCCUUAGUUAAUGCUCAUCUCAUCCUUCCAUCCACUGGGUCUUCCUGCUGCAGGUCUUUUGGCUAGCAACUUUCAUUGCGCUUCCCCGAUCGAUCGAGCCCAGCAGACUAGAGAGGAGUGCGGUGACAGGUUGAGACUCUACAUUAUGUGGAACGAAGCUGGGGGAAAAGGGAAAAAGCUGCUGGAGAACUGGAGCCGGUCUAGAGAGGCCGGUGGACUCCAUCCCGUUAAGCAUCCAAGCUAGUCCAGACGGACCUGUCAGAGCCAGUAAGCCGACCCACGGUACAAGACUCGAUAGAUCCUCUUUCCGAUAGGCUGGGUCGAUAGGAGUGGAUGGAUGGAUAGAUUGAUUGAUGGAGAGAGAUUGAUGGAUGGAUGGAUGGAUGGAUGGAGAAUGGCAAGGACCAGCUAUCGUCCAU